AUAUUUGUAUCGAUGAUGAAGGCGUGGGACUAUAUAGUUUGUGGCCAAGUCACAAAUAGUAAAAGAAAAAUACGCGAACGACUUAACGGGCGUCUCCGACUCAACCGGUUAUCGUGCACGGCGAAACGACCACUACAAGCCGAGCGGGCCUCGUGCGUCAAAUGCGUCUGGAAGGGAUGCCGCGACAAUGUUUUAGCAUAUAAAUACCGUGUCUCGGGUCUCUAUAUUCACCAGUUCAUUUCUGUACACAGUCAUCGAGCAUUUCGAUUAAACAAACACAAAACAGUCAAUAAAAUGGCCGCUAAGUUGAUCAUCUUCGCCGCAUGCGUGGUUUCCGCCAUCGCCCAAUACCCCGCCCCAGCCUACAAGCCCGCUUACCCGGCCGCUUACCCAGCACCCGCUUACUCGGCACCAAAGGCUUACGCCCCAGAGCCCGCCUACGCCCCGGCCCCGUACAACUUCGAGUACAGCGUCAACGACCCGUCCACAUACGACGUCAAGAGCCAAUCCGAAUACGCUGACGGCAACGGUUACGUCAAGGGAUCCUACAGCCUUUUGGAAGCCGACGGUUCCACCCGCGUCGUUGAAUACACCGCCGAUGACUACAACGGUUUCAACGCCGAAGUCAAGAAAAUCGACGGAGGAUACAAGGCCCCAUACAGCGCACCGGCCUACAAGCCCGCCUACCCAGCUGCACCAGCUUACCCAGCACCAGCCUACCCAGCACCUGCUUACAAGCCAGCCCCAUACAAGCCAGCUUAUUAAUUCGUCCUCCAAUGAUGAUGAUGACGGUGGUAAUAAUAAUAAUUAUUAUCGUUCGUAACCAUAUUAUCAUUAUACAACAUAAUGUUAUAAUAUUAUCGUUGUUCCGUCUCCUUCCGACUGUCCCUACUCAGCUGUUACACGGUUCCACUGUCCUGGAGUCCGCCGCUCACCAGUUGUUUGUAUUAUUAUCAUUGAUUCAUUUGUUUUUGUUUAAAUGAUUGUGUACAUUACCGUGUAAAUAAAUCAUUCAUCAUAUUCACCAAAAAA